GUACUAAACUUGCGAGAAAAGGCAACAAAAGUAAACACGGAAACGAGCACCUGCAUUCAUGGCAAAGCAGGAGAAGAUCUUGGACUAAUCCCGGUUGACACAUUCUCCGCCACGGAACCUGUUUCGAACGAAAAUGACAGCCCGACGGUUGCGGCUAUUCCAAUUCACUUUUAUCUUUACCCUCCGGCCGGUCCGCUGUUGCGCUUUAUCUCCGAUGCUAGAUCGCUCACCGAGCGGCCAAACUAACGCCCGGGCGAUGGAGAGAGUCAAUAUUAGGGGUGCUAAUAUGCUGAGAAUCGCCGAAAAGGCCACUCGUUUACGAGGAAGUAGUAACGCUAAUUAACACCUGCUACGCGCUGCACCAUGUAACGGGGAGAGAGGGUGUCACAGUAACAGGAAUGUAAACCCGUCAGUAUGGCACAAUCGUUCAUCGACUGUCAACCUUCUCCAAAGGGUGGAUUAGUUUACGACCGAUCGUCCCUUGAGCUGUUGAUUGAUUCAGGUCAUUGCAUCAUAUUGUAUGUUUGUCUGUGUGUGUGUUUUUGUUUUAACUCCAAACACUCGGCGAUUCACAAAAUUUCACAAUCCUACUACGGCUGUGUUGAUUUGUUCAUUCACCUGUCGCUUUCCCUACGAGUUAAAAAGAUUAAUAGAUGUUGUGGCAGGUUUUUUUUCCGAAGGCACCGAAUUCGCCCUCGAAAUGCCUUAGUUUUGCAAACACGCACUAAAGCCGCCGGCUUAGUAUAGCCGUACUGCUAACCGUGAUCUUCCGGUGGGUAAACCUUGAGCAAACCGUUGGCAGGAAUGGUCAGCAACGAAGCGAACACGCUGCGCAGUUUUCGCCAAGCGAAUUGCACGCCCUCUACCGGCGACUAGCCGUAGCUGUAUCAAGCGAGUUAUCUUGAUACUAUAGCCCCCCAAGAGCGUUUAAGGUCGAACGGAUCAUUUUCGUUGCUGAGAUACAGAUAACGAGAGAGCGAGAAAGAAAGAGAGAGAAAUAGCGAAAGAGAGAGAGAGAAAUCUAAAACACAAUUCACCUUUCCCCUUUUCAAAAAUAGAGCAAACCGUGGGCAAGGGUGACACUGAAUCAGUCAUUUUAAACAUGCUUUUGUUUUCCAUCGCCGUUUUCGGAUGCCUUCCAGAGUUCAAACCACAAACCACAAACAAGAUCAGUGCGAGAUGAACAUGCACCCAUGGAGCUUUGAGGUCCGCACUGUAAGCGAAGAGCAGUAUUUCAACAGAGCUUUGUCACGAAACGCGUUCCACGUCGGUCGCACGUAACGCACUGCUCAAAGGUCUCCCGGUCUUUGUUUCCAGCGUAGGUCGCCCCGGCCGGGGGAGAUUUAUCAAAUUCAAAGCAUGCCUAAGCAAAGCAAAACAUCAUGUAAUGGAAGCUUCCUUAUGACGGAUGCUACCGUAAUGGGCUAUAAAAACGGAAUGGGCACGGUCCGGCCCACCCCGACGAUGACACACACCGUCCGUGGUGAAGCGGUGAUGCCAAUUACAUAUCGAUCAACCGCCUGGGUCUGGGUGGGUGCAAAAAAGCGCCUUGCUGUUUUUCGAACACAAUUGACUCGCGUCAUCCUCGGGCUGAUAAUUAAACAGCGCCACUAUGUUGCAAUCCUGAAACACCGCACGAAUUUGCAAAAAAAAAACGAAGAGAUGGACCAAUUAAGCAUUCGCACAUCCUAACUGUGGAAUGAUCGCGGUUUGAACUGCCCCAACCGUUACGGUCCGAUAAUUCAAUCGGAAAUGAGCCGAAGUGUCUUGCACAAGACGGCGCGGCAAGAUCUUGACCUAUGGCAAACGGUAGAUUUGAGAGGGCUAUCCGCCAAAUCCGCCACUCUCCAACCGCUCAAUCUUCUAACGUACCUCUCUUCUUCCCUACUUCCGAUUCGUAUCGAUAUCUAUCUCUAUGCUUUCGGGGACGGGGGGGGGAUCGGUUAGGCUUACUAGGUCGUUUAGACUAGGUCGUUACUAAUGGCGAAUUUUGGAAAGGAUUUUCCUCUCCGCAACAGUUUUAUCGCUCUACCUUCAUGCCAAAAUGGUCAUUAGCGUGAUGGAUCAACACUGUGCCAGAAAACAGUUUUUUUACGCAUUUCAAAUUCGCGAACUUCAAAUUUUGUUUCUUUCUAUCAACUUUUGACAACUUUUUUCUCCCGGCUGCCUUAGGCUACGAAAAAUUCUAAACAAAUAAUUAAACAUUUUUGGAAAAAAGCAAAAAGGACCCUAAGACCAAGGCAUAGAAAAUGGCACAAGUAAUAUUUGGUCAAGGCUACUAAACAAGUAGAUAGCAGAUCUGAUGGGACUAAGUUCCACUCUAAACCUCAAUGUGUCUUAACUUCCAAAAAGCUUCCGAGGAAAAGUUCCAAAAUGCACAACCUUGCAUCCGUACUGUCGCACACCGAUUUGAAUGGUUCCACUCGCACAUUAAAAGGGCAGCCGGAGCCUACUAGGUGCGCGAGAACGUCCUGCAGAAAGGAAAAAGAGCAAACACAAAAACCCGAACUGUUCACGAAACGGAUCGAGCCACCACACCGCCGCCUGCUUCGAUCGACGAGCGUUCGUUGACCAUACGCACCGCGCCUGUACAAGGCAGUGCGGCGAGUCGGCUAACCACCACUUAGCUGUACCCCGCACAUGCGCGCGCGCGCACAUGCGUCACAAAUUGACGCGUCGGUUACUGUUCGGUCGGCGGUGCGUCGAGUACGGUUCACGCCGGAAGGCUUCAGUUGAGCGCAAGACGCCAACAGCAGCGCACCGGCCUGUCUAGUGGUUAAGGAACGAACUUGUGUGUUUUUGGUCGAAAAGCCAUUCCCUACCAAAGUGCAACGAUGGAAACGCUACUAGAGCUAGCGGCUAACGUGACGCUGCUCCCGGUGGAGGAGUUUGCCGGACCGCAAGUUAGUUGGUUCGAGCGAAAGUGGAACGGUUUUUUGGACGUAAUCGGUGACGAUGUCGAUACGCUCUACAUGUGGUUCCUGACCGCGUACACGUACGGGUUCUUCUGGCUCGUCGGCGGGCUGUUCGUGCUGAUGGACGUGACCAACAAACCGUCGUUCUUGCGCAAGUUCAAAAAUCAACCCGGCGCUAACGAACCGCUCCCGUGGGCCAAGCUUAAAAAUCUGGUCAAAACGGUCGCCUACAACCAGCUGGUGUACGGGUUGCCGACGUCCUACCUGUCCUUCCGGGUGGGCAAGCUGAUUGCCGCCAGCAUUCCCGAUCCGCGCAUCCUACCAUCGCCGUACAUCAUUGUACGGGACGUGAUGGUGUGCAUUGUGGCGUGGGAAAUCACCUUCUACUACAGCCACCGGCUGCUGCACUCCAGCUUCUUCUACAAGCGCAUCCACAAGAAGCACCACGAGUGGUCGGCCCCAGUUGCCUGGGCGGCCAUGUACGCCCAUCCGUUCGAGUUCAUCAUCAGCGAUCUGCUGCCGGUGUAUGUGGGGCCCGCCCUCAUGACCAGCCACGUGUUCACGAUCGUCAUCUGGUUCACGUUCGUCAUGAUGGACACGCUGGUGGACCAUUCAGGGUAUCAUCUGCCGGUGCUCGGCAGCUCCGAGAUGCACGAUUACCACCAUCUCAAGUUCAACCAGUGCUACGGUUUGUUCGGCUGGUGGGACGGACUGCACGGCACGGACAGUGAGUUCCGCAAGAAGAAGCAGUACCAGCGGCACCAUCGCAUCUUCAGCCUCAAAUCGGCCCGCGAGCUCGUCCCGGAGCAUUAGCCGCCCGUUAGGAUAAGGCUAUAGGCAUAGAAGGAGCGCAGGAGUUUGCCAACCGAACCGAACCCACCAAGCCAUCCCUUCAAGGUUCAAAACGCAAGGUUUUGGGGUGGGACAGACCCUGCGAAACCUCUCCGGUGAGCUGAGCGGAAUUUAAAUGGACAUAAUUUAAAAACAAAUAACCAAUCGGCAUCACAGAGCGUGCUUUGAAAGGCGCUAGAGUGUGCUUGCGUGUGGUUUUGCGCGUCUGUGGUGCGUAGUCUAGCAGCGUCCCGUUUGGUACGCGCCAACUGUAUUAUUUACGGCAUAGUAUUAUCGUUAUACAUUAUACCUUUUUCUCCAGCUCCUCGUGGGGGUAUUUUUUGUUUUCCUUUGGAGGAACUGAUUUUUAAGUAACUUUUAGAGGAGAUGGGCUGGCAUCUUUACUGCUAACCAACAACCACAAUGUCUCGUGGGCUCGUGGGUAAACACAAUGUUCAGCAAUAGCGGUGGUACAAUACACAAAACACUGAAACCGCACCAAAACAAACCCUAACUCAAACCGGUGCAGCCCGACAUUUCCUGUCUGGGCGUGUGUUUUGUUCUUUUUGCUUUGCUGGUCAUCAAUAAAAAUUCAUACAAAUAUACACACAUCCUUCGAAAACAACUCUCCCAAGUGGGGUGAUAGGAUGCUAAUCGGAAA